UCCUUGUAAAUCUCCCCUUUAAAACGAGGAAAUCGACAAUUUCACAACUCCACUACCUACUGUUCGUCCACAGUGAAUUUCGUGUCGCGAAACCCUCAACCAAAAUGGAAGAACUCAGUGAAUUUGCCGGAAAAUUCUCGUCUGAAAACAACAUCAAGAACUACGAUAUCAACAUAGAGGGCGCUGUGGCAAAGGGUGAAAAUUACCUGGGCGAAGUGGUCUUUUUCAACAUAACCCCGAAAGAUUCGUCGAAACCGUUCCAUUUCAUAAGGAAAAAAUCAAAGUGUCCGAAGGACACCAAGGAGAAAGCAGCCAUAAGAAUCGCCUCGCAAAGGGAAUUCUACGUGUACCAAACGGUUUUCCCAGAAAUGAAGGACUUCUUGAAGAGACACAAGACCAACUCCACCAUGAAUAUCUUACCAGAAGUGUACUGGGUGCAAGAGGAGGAGAACCAGAGGAUGAUGAUACUGGAAAAUAUGAAAUAUUCCGGAUACCGGAUGCUGGACAAAAAAUUACAGAUGAAUCACGAAAAAGUCACCCUGGUCCUCGAAACUUACGCAAAAUUCCACUCGAUUUCCUUCGCGAUGAAAGAAUUAGAACCAGAGAAAUUCAAGAGGUUAACAUCUAGUAUGGACGACGUGUGGUGCCAUUUUAAGUCAGUUUUUGACGCCGAGAAUUAUUUUGGUCCACUUCUCAGGGACGUUUUGAAGAAGCUGAGAGAAAAUGGUAGAACUGAUUUGGCACUCAAGUAUAAACCGAUUGAAGAUGACGUGGAGAAUGUUGUGUACAUAGAUGUGGACCCAGAAGAUCGUAUGGUGGUUUGUCAUGGAGAUUCUUGGAAUAACAACAUGCUGUUCAAAAACGAUGAAGAAGGAAAUCCCCAAUCGGUAUGCCUUAUAGAUUUCCAAAUAUCAAGUUUGAGCACUCCAGUCUUAGACCUCUGCCAAUUCCUGCUCAGCGCUGGGGACAAGGAAGUCUUGAACAACGUCGAAGACUACCUGAAGCUUUACCAUCAAUUCCUAUCGGACACUCUCAAAAAUUACGAGAUUGACGUCUCUAACUUAUUCUCCCUAGAGAAACUCAUGAAUCAAUGGAAAAAAUACGCUAAUACCGGUUUGGUGAUUGCAAUUUCCACUAUUCAAGUUUCUCUGUCAGAAGGUGAAGAAAUGCCGGAAGAUAUGAACUUGCUGACUUACACCGAUUCUUCAGAAAUGAAGAAUUGCGACUUGUUCGACAGGAGGGUUUUGGAUCUCUUGAUAAGUUUCGGAGAGAAAUAUCUGUAGGACUCUAGAGUUGCAUCCCAAAGUAUCACAAACAAGAACAGUCCAAAUUGUGUGUUUUACUUGAGCUUCUUUAAUAGGUGCUUAAUUUAAGAGGAAGAUGUUCGCCUUGGUAAAAAAAUUCGUGGUGUCAUCUAAUGAGAUUUUGAUCACAUGUUAUUAAAUCGUUAAGGAAUAAAAA